AUGCUCGUCCCACCCAACAACUUCGGCAUGGUCGAGGAAGACCUCUACCGCUCUGGUGCGCCGGACAGUAUCAACCUGUCCUUCCUCACCCAACUCAAGCUGCGUUCCCUCAUCUACCUCGCACCAGAGGAACCCGCCCCUCACCUCCUCACCUGGUGUCGACAACACUCCGUCGCCCUCUACCAUCUGGGUCACUUGCACAAUACCUCCACCUGGGAGCCGAUCACAGAAGAGGUGGUCCUCCAAGCGCUCAAUCUGCUCGUGCAGCCCAGCACCUAUCCGGCUAUCGUCAUGUGCAACCAGGGGAGACAUAGGACGGGGACUGUCAUUGGGACUUUCAGAAAGUUGCAAGGCUGGGCGUUGAGUAGCAUUCUGGAAGAGUACAGGCGAUAUGCGGGCAGUAAGAUUCGGCUGAUGAAUGAGCAGUUCAUCGAACUCUUCGAUAUCGAUUUGGUCUUCGAGUAG